AUGUCCACGGCUUCCGAUGUGCAUCCGUCCACACCUGCUUUCGCCUUGGCUCAAUCCUCACCUUCCCAGUCUCAUCCCAUGAAUGGCGGCGCCUGGGCCUACCCAAACACAAGUCGAUCGGAAGUUCAUACAGCCACAACUGACCCUCGUGCAGCAAGUACCAGUCAUGGACCCGGUCGGGCGACCACGGAAGAAGAAUUCGUCGACCCGCCAGUCAGCUGUCAUGCUCAUGAGAAGGACUCCAUGUGUUCCAAGAACUCGGAUGGUGAUGACCUCAGCUCCACGUGGAGCUCCUCGAGAUCAACGAACCUUAAAAAGCGCAAUGGCCAGGCUUGCGAUGGAUGCCGGGAGAGGAAGAUGAGAUGUGACUUUAAAUUCCCCAAAUGCACGAUGUGCAAGAACAUCGACCGUGAAUGCACAUUUGGCUCAGCGCCACGUGCCACGAUGCGACAUUCAGCGUUUCCGAUGUCGAUGCCUUCAAUCUCGAGAUAUAGGAUCACCAAUCAGAGCCAAGACAAUUAUCCAACUCGCAGAGGGUCAACGACUUCUGUGGACAUGGGCUCCCAGGAGCAUGCCUACUCGGCAUCCAUAUCAAGGUCGUCAAUGCCCCUAGACGACAUGCUCUAUGCCACCUCCGGCAAACAGACCAGCCACGAGGAUGUGUCAGACAAUCAACCACCAGCAAAGAGGCCUCGUGUUUCUCCAUCUCCUCGCCCUAGAUCUCAGGGCCAGUUGUCCGCCAGUUCGGGUACAGAAUCUGUUGUCGGUUCCAUCUCUUCGCCGUCAGUCGUCUCCGACUUCUCUUGGGACUUGGACCCUUAUCAGUUGAAUCGCAGUCUGACCUGGGACUACGUGAAUAAGUAUUUCGAGCACGUUGACGGCGUAACGUAUCAUAUCCUCCCCAAAGAACUUUUCCGACAAUGGAUCCGUUCCCACCCUACCAAAUCACUGGCGGACAAGAUGUUGCUAUAUGCUAUUCUGGCAAUGGGAACCGUCUUCGCAUCGAGGCAACCACAAUCGAAGCACCACCAAGACGUGUUCCUCGAGAUUGUCAAUAAAGCCAUCAUAAAGAAUGGCGAUAUGUUCAGCCUGCAAUUGAUUCAGACCAAGUUAAUUCUGGGUCUCUUCGCUUUUUCUCAAGGCCAGUACAAUCGUGCAAGUGACCAUUGUGGGUCUGCCCUACGGACCGCGUUGGGCUUGAGAUACCAUACAGAAGAGGGAGUCUCGACCAUCGAGAUUCAGGAUCCACUGGACUUCGGUUUGUCUCAGGAAAUGUUGGUUGAUUGCCGGCGCAGGACGUUCUGGGCUGCCUAUCUGCUGGACAGCUUCAGUCGUUGCUGGUCCGCGUCCGUUACUACUGUUAACCGGUUUGAUUGCCACCUACGCUUACCUUGUGCUGAGGCGGCUUACGAGGCGGGACACGUUCCCUUGGCUCCAUUUAUACUUGAAGCGCCCAAGGAUGACCAAGGGAGUCGGCCCGGUACUCCUCUCGAAUCAUCCGAGGUCGGCUCUUUUGGCUAUCUGGUAGAGAUUGCGGCUAUCUUCAGUGAGGUGAUGAGCACUGUCAACCGAGGAAAAACGCAGUCCCCGGGGAAAGAUCGAUCAACGAUGGGCACCUUCCGUAACGACAUUGGAGCCCGACUUAAGACGUGGGACCACCACAUGAAGAGACAAGCUCGUCAAGAUCAAGACGGACGAGAGAAAGUCAGCGGCUUCUACGUUAUUUAUCACUACACCCUCAUGGUACUGAACCGGUACAUUGACCAUGCGGAGAUGGAUCGGUCACGGGUUAGCAGACUGCGCGAGCACGGCGAUGACAAGCACGACUCCUCUCACCAGUUUGUGAUGUUGAGCCCUUUCAGUGGCUUCGCCAUAAUAGCUGCUUUGGAUGUCGUCACAGCCACCGGCCCAGUAUCGACUCUGAUGGGCCAUGAGAGCCAAAUCAUGUCCUUGAUUGGCAGCGUCAUCCCGGUCCUGGAGGGACUCAAGGACCAUUGGCAUAGUGGUCGUCAACAGCAGGAGGUGGCCGAUCGGAGGCUGAGGGCACUUUUGAGGGUAUCCAGUAAGGCCUUCCAAUUCAACGGAGCAUAUUACUUCGCGCACCCUAUGCAAAGCCGGGUUGACAUGGAUCACGACGUUACCUACGGGCUUUGCCGCAACAGAUAUUUUGAAGCCAUGGGAUGGGAGGAGACUCUUCAUCAUGAUGGAGAGUUCCAACGGCUGGACUAA